GCUUCACCAGCUGAAUUCCUGCCUCACAGCGGUCUAGUACAGCGAACGGAAAAAGCCUCGCCAAAACAAACCUAGCAAGCGCAGCUAGACCUAUCACCAGGCUAGUCCUUCUCUAUAGCCACCUUCAGCGCAAAGGCUGCUGGGGAAAAGUACGGGGCAGAGCAGGCCGCGCGCUAAUUGACUGCUAGGCCGCGUGCUCCCCUUCGCCAUGGAUGCGGUGCUGGCCGACGCGCUGCUCUCCCAGUGCCCCGGUUGGGGUGCGUGGCUGCGGGCGGUGUGCGGCGAAGAGGGUGCGCUCACCCUCGAGCGAGCGGAGGCGCUGCGUUUCCUUUUGGAACGGGCGACACGUGUCGGGCCGCGCAACCGGGGCGAAGAGGCGCAACGGGCGGCCCGGGAGCUGGCGCUGCACCGCUGCCUCCCGGCGCUUCUCAACGGGAGCGGCGUGCCGGCGGGUGAAAGCCCAGAGGGGUGGCGACGAUUCGUGACAGCCGCCGGUGGAGCGCUGCGUUCCUGCGUUUUGGUCUGCGGACCCCGCCUGGCUGAGCGGUUGGCCGGCGAAGUGCUGGAAACCUGCGCCGGGUUUCAGGCUUCGCAAAUGGAAGGCAGCGUCGAGGUCCUGUGCGCGGCGGCGCCUUGGCUGGAGGAUCCCGCGCUGCUCAGGCGAACCGUGGCGGUCGCCCUGAAGCUGCUGCGUGGGGAGGGAGAAGACGAGCGGGAGGAAGAGAAAGCGUUGCUGGUGGGCGGCAGGUUGUUGCCGGCGUUAGGAAGAAACGGCGCCGCCCUGAGUCUCAUCUGGGAAGGCCUGGUGCUGUUGCCCCUCGCCGACGCCCCGCGGGUGAACCGGACUCUGCUCGUCCUGAGCGCCCUCUCCGACGUCCUGUUUCCCCGACUGGACGGUGUCACGGAUGGCGAGGCAGCUUCGCUGCUGGAUGCGAGGCUUUCUUGCAACUUUUGGGAAGUGGUGCAAAAGGGACUGUCCGAGAGCGAUGCUCUGUGCCGGAAAAGAGCCCGGUAUUUGUUGAAGAAAGCCGUCGAUGCAUCGGACAAAGUGGCCUUGGAGUGCAGGUGUAGCCUGGACCAUGGCAAUGGAUCUUGUUUGUUUUGGUGGUGUGCUGAAAAAAAAGAUCAGUUUACUCAGUUUUGGGAAAAUUAUAUUUUAAUAAUGGAGACUUUGGAAGGAAAUCAGAUACAUGUAAUAAAGCCAGUUUUACCAAAGUUGAAUAGCUUGUAUGAACUUGCAAUAUCAGAAGAAAAGGGUUGUUGGAUGUUCCAUCCUUCAUGGCAUAUGUGCAUUUACAAAAGAAUGUUUGAGAGUGAAAAUAAGACAUUGGCAAAAGAAAGUGUCAUUCACUUUCUUGAAAUCUGGCAAAGAAAGUGUCUUCCCUCAUCACAAGGAUUUUCAGAGUUCAUUAUUGGCCCUUUAAUGGAUGCUCUCUCAGAAAGUUCUCUUUAUAGCAGGGUAUCAGGUCAGAUUAUGGGCACUUGUCCACCAUUAGGAAUAAUUCUGCAGAAUUUCAUGGCGACUUUCUUCACAAGCCUUCCAGAAAGUGAAAAAAGGAGCUUUUUGUUAAAAUUUAUUCAGAAGAUGAGCAAUAGGCACUGGUGCGCUAUUCCUGUUUUGUUUCUCUCCAUGGCAUUGGCACAUAUACCACAGUGUAGAGCACUGGAUAGCAAAGGGCUCCUUGCAUUAAGAAAAGUUCUGCAGUGUACUAUGAUCACACAUCAGAUUCUUCUACGAGGAGCUGCUCAGUGCUUUCUUCUUAAAGCAGCUAUACACUUAAUAGAUACAGAAAAAGUAUCACUCUCAGAUAUUUCAAACUUCAUUACCUAUCUGAAACCAGAGGAGUCAUUAGGAAGAAGAACUGCUUUGUGGAGAAUGCUUUGUGAUUGGUUGCACGUAAAUGACAAGUAUUUUCAAAAGACUUUAAACUGCGAAGUCCCACAAGAUAAAACAGCAUUAAGUGUUUAUGUGCAGCUUCUUGUGGAGGACUAUCUUAAAAUACCUCUUACCAAUUCAGAAGAUUGUCUUCCAGACUGGUUUGAUGCUAAAUGGGUGGCUACAAUGAUUCUUCUAGCUGCAGAUGUGGAAGAGAUAAGGCACACAUAUAAUGACAACAGCAGCACCGAACGGAUUGGCCUGAAGACUCUCUUAAAUCCUCUGCUGGAUGUGUUGCUGAAACUUGGCACUAAUCCCUACAUCUCAUCACUGAAAAUUGAUAAAAGCCUACAACUGCUAUUGAAGAUAAUGCAGACUUGUUCAAUCAAAACUUCUAGACCAGAAGUUGAUGCAAUAAUAGUAUUUCUCCAGAAGUCAAUUAUGCUCGCCACCGAAAGUAUUUUGGAUUUUCUCCUCAGAAGACUUACUGCAAAUGAACUAAAUAUUAUGUCACAUCUGGAACACUGUAAUUUAUAUCUACAAGUGUUGUCAGAACUAAUGAAUUUCUAUUCAGCCAGUGGAUGGAGAAAAGGACCAUUUCUCUGCACUUUUGUCUCAUCUUUAAUAAAUACUUCUCUCUACAAUCUGCAGGAGAUACAUGAUGACGAGGACAUAAAACUUGAAGAACAGAUUCAGAAGGUAGUAAGUUUGGCAGCAUUAAGGGUUGUUUGUGAAAUUAUGGAUCAGAAGCCAGACCUUCAACUUCAGUUUCUACCAGCUGUUGACUCCCUUAAAACGGCUAUUUUCAGCACCCAACUUAACCAUGUAUUAAAGAAGCCUAACAACAUGGAACAAAAUAGUUCAGUUGAAGAAACAGCAUCUCAUGAAGGAUGGGGGAAAAUUGUAGCACGUUACAUACAUGAUCAGUGGGUUUGUCUUCAUUUUGUUCUCAACAAUUAUCAAAAUCUUUCCAAGGACAAACAUUUAGAACAUUUUUAUGAUGUUCAGGACUACAAAAGAAUGUUACAGUCUGCGCUAGAAGCAAUAAUGGUUCUUCCUUCUGACCAUGUUUUACCAGUUUUUCACUGCAUGAAAAUAUUUGUUUCCAAGCUUAUGGAAUCUUCUGAAUCUCUAUGCAUAGAAGCUUUUGAAAUGUCAUGGAAAAUAAUAUUUUCUCUUAGCAACACACAACUGAUAUUUUGGCCUAAUUUAAAAGCUUUUAUUCAACUUGUGUUUGAUCCUGAAAUUCUUGUUACCGCAGCCAAGUUCAAGAGUGAAGCAUACCUAAAGAUAAAAGAGAUUAUAUUUCAAAUGAUUGAACUUUCAUCUACAAAGACUGGAAUCUUUAAUGUUCUAGUAAGCCAUUGCUGUCAAUCUUGGCUGUUUCCUCCUGGUGAAAUAACUACCGUGGAAAAUGCCUUUUCAAAUGCUGGCAACUACAUUGAACUCCUUAUUGAGGCUUGUUUGUUUGGAACUAUUUUCAGGCGUGAUCAAAGACUCGUUCAGGAGGUGUACGCUUUUGUUGAAAAUCUUGGAGAUAAAUGUGCAGCAAAUGUUGUUACAGAAAGUAAGAACAGAGAUGACCAUUAUGUGCGAGUUUGUGCUAUCAAAUUUAUCUGCUUGCUGGAUGAAUCAAACAAGCAGCACAAGAAAUUUAUAGGAGAUUUUGUCAUGAAACUACUUGAUAAAGGUGAAUUAAUGUCCAAAUCAAAAGUCCGCUAUUAUGUGAACUCCUUACAACAUAGAAUUGAAAAUCGCCUGUGGCAGACAUUGCUAGUUCUGUUUCCAAAACUUGAUGAGGAUCUUUUAUCAAGAAUUGUUGACAGGAUUCUUCAAGCUGGACAUAAUAAUAAUCAAGCAUCAGUAAAGUAUUUAAUAGAGUGGAAUAUAAUUCUGAUUUUACACAAGUUUCCUCAUUAUCUUCAAAAAUUCUGGAACUGCUUUAAUUAUGAUGAAGAUCAAUUUAAAACUAGCAUUUGCACAUUUUUAGCAGUCCUGUCACAUUUUGACAUAAUUCUCCAGAAUACAGCUGAAAAAAUAUCAGCCUUGAAGAAAGCGCUAAUUGUUGUCCUACAGUGGUGCUUCCAUCACAAUUUUAGUAUUCGGCUUUAUGCUUUGAUUGCACUUAAAAAAAUUUGGGGAAUGUGCAAAGCAUCACAUGUGAACGAUUUUGAUACUUUAACUUCAGUUAUUGAAUGUAGUCUAAAUCAAGUGGAACUCAUGCAUGGCACAGGGAAUGCUAAGAAGAAUUGGCAGCGCAUCCAGAAACAUUUUUUCUUUGAAUAUUUUCAUCCACUUAAGGAUUACUGUCUUGAAACAAUAUUUUACACGCUGCCACGCCUUUCAGAAACUCCUGAAGAGGAAUGGAUCUCUCUCUCUAAAUUUACGGCAUUCAAAGAUAUUCCAUUGAGUUCAACAUUUCCAUCCUGCCAUUCUCAAACUACACUUCUUGACCUUAAGCCAAAUGACUGGACUCAGCAAGAUAUCGGACUGAAUUUAGCUGAGCCCAAUAAUGAAAGGCGGUGGAUGAAUGUUCAGAAAAAAAUUAUCCCUUGCAAAGCCAGUGCUCCUGAUUUGGAUCUGGAGCUUAUAUUUCAAGAUCGUGCCACUAAACUUGGAAAAUCAAACAGGAAAUUGAUUGUAGUUGCUUCACUCAUUGAUAAACCCACCAAUUUAGGAGGUUUGUGUCGAACGUGUGAAAUCUUCGGUGUUUCUGCUUUAACAGUUAGCAACCUCCAUUAUAUAAACGACAAACAAUUCCAGCAUCUCAGCGUGUCUGCUGAACAAUGGCUUUCUGUUAUUGAAGUAAAGCCAUUUCAGCUUAUUGAAUAUUUGGAACAGAAGAAAAUUGAAGGCUAUUCUAUAAUAGGGGUGGAGCAAACAGCCAAAAGUUGCAAUUUAAUGGAAUAUUUCUUUCCAGAGAAAUCCCUGUUAUUAUUGGGAAAUGAACAUGAGGGAAUCCCAGCAAAUGUAAUUCAGCACCUGGACACUUGUGUAGAAAUUCCUCAGCAAGGAGUUAUUCGUUCACUUAAUGUACAUGUAAGUGGUGCUCUGCUCAUUUGGGAAUAUACAAGACAGCAGAUGGCCAAGGAAAAAGAACAAAGACAAAAUGUUUAAUUUUUGUUGAAGCUGAUAACUCGAUGGUGCUAUAAAUUCCCUGAAAUGACGAUAGCUACAAUUUAAUUAUGUAUUUUGUAUAUCUUCAUUUUAAACAAAAUUAAUGUUAAUUUUUAAAACCAUGAGAGUAUUAAAAUUGUUUUUAAUGCA